AUACAAGCUACAUAUUUGUUGUGUGGCCAGCGCGGUUCAUGACAUUCAGGAAUGAGAGGGAUAAGGAAGCCUCGUAUGUGAGACAGAAGAUGAAGUGCUACUGGCAGACGUAUAGUCCUUCCAUGGAGUCGAUGAUGCUGUCCCACGACGCACUCUACCUGAACCAGAACGAGCAGAACGAGAUCCUCUCGUACCUCCCCAACUACCACGGCAAGAAGGUGCUUGAGCUGGGAGCUGGGAUAGGGAGGUUCACUUCCAAGCUGGCAUCAGUGGCAAGUCACGUGACUGCGGUGGACUUUAUGCAAGAUUAUAUCACCGAGAACCAGAAGGAGAACCAACACCUUGGCAACGUUACCUUCAAGUGUGCUGAUGUCACAAAACUGGACUUUCCUGCUGCGUCGUUUGAUCUGGUUUUCAGCAAUUGGCUUUUCAUGUAUCUGAGUGACACUGAGAAUGUCCAAGUCUUCAGGAAAAUCCUCGCUUGGCUCAGCCCUGGCGGAUACUUCUUCCUCAGGGAGUCCUGCUACCACCAGUCAGGUAACGUGAAGCGCAACGAGAACCCGACGCUGUACCGCACUCCACUGGAGUACUUCGAGUUACUGAAAGAUGUGUCCAGCGACAACUUGGGCUACAAAAUCAUCAGGAGCAAGAACAUUCUGGCUUAUAUUAAAUAUCACGCCAAUCCCAACCAGCUGUGUUUCCUGACCAAGCGUGUAGAAAACAACGAGUUGGACAACCGGACUCAAUAUCUCGAGUCCCAAUACACUAUAGAACAUAUCAGGUCCAUGGAACGGGUAUACGGACACAACUACCUGCUCUACCGGAGGCGAAUAUGCCACCAGAGACUUCUGUACUCGUCUUGGGCUGCUGCCAGGGCAGAAGGUAUUGGACGUGGGCUGCGGGACUGGUGGCUCAGCCAUCUUUAUGGCUAGACACUACGGCGUUGACGUUCAUGGUGUUGACCUCUCCACUAACAUGAUUCACAUCGCCAUUGAAAGGCAAGGGAAGCUCGAGCCACAGGUGAAGAAAAAGAUUCAGUUCGAGAUUAGUGAUAUCCUCGACGUGGAGUAUGAAAACGACUCCUAUGAUAUAAUAUACAGCAGGGACUGUAUUCUUCAUAUAGAAAAUAAAUUACAACUCUUCAGGAAGCUACAU